GUUCUUUUUGCUCUUUGCUUGCAUCGGCUGCCACUGGCUACUGACGCGGCACAGUCUUCCUCCGGGCCUCGCGUGGCUGGCAGGGACGCGCCCCAAAGCGCAGGAGAAGCAGCCGGAUCCAGCCGUGCAGCUGAGGGUCCACGAGGAACUUCGUGAGGUCCUGGUCCGCUCCUGGAUGAGGGCGUGUUCUUAUCUGCUGCAUCUGCAUUUCUUGCCCAUGACAAGGACCAUCUAUGAGUUCUGCCUGAAGGGCGACGGUCCAUCUCUGGGCUGGAUGACCUCGUGCCUGAUCAUCUAUGCCGUGUUCUGGUCGACUGCCACAGGCUCCAUUCCGCUGAGCCCUCGGCGGGUCAACUUUGGCUGUGGCCUGGUCUACUCCUGCGUCCUGGGCUGCGUGUUCUUCAGCCAAUGGCAGGAGAGAGAGGACUUCCUGGCCCGUCGCGAACUGCUGAUCAAAGCCCAGACCAUCCUGGCUAUCGUCUAUCCUCACCUGGGAUUUGCAUCCUUCUUCUCGGUGUGUUUCUUCUCGGGCUAUGCCUGGACCACCUGGCGGGUUUGCGGCAGCGAGGCGCUGACCUUCUGGUUCUUUCUGCACCUGUCCUACCAGGUUGUCAUGGCAGUCCUCUUCGCGAUUAUCACCGAGACAACACAUCGCGAGCGAAUCCUGGCCUUCGUGAACUCGCAAGACGCGGACUCGCUGGUGUCAGCCUUCCGCCAGAUGCUGAAGCUGGGCCGUACUUGGAAAGAAGGGGACGUGACUGGCCGUGCCUUUGCGGACCUCAUUGUGGAGAACAAGGAGGACAUCAAGACCUUCGACGAGUUUGUCAGAAAUUCGUCGCAGGCGAUGCCGAACUUGCAGGUGUAA